GUCAGCGGGCACAGCCAGGAGGGCAACGCGGCCGCCAUGGCGACACCCCUCUCCCACUCGCGGAGGCGCCCUCCCCUCUUGCGCCAGGCCAUCAAGAUAAGGCACCGCAGGGUCAGAGAACAGGAGCCUUUGCCCCAGAGAGCUCAGGAGAUCAAGCCGCCAUCCCACCACCUGUCCCCUGAAGAGCGGGCCCUGCUCUACGAGGAAGCUGUCUACACCGUCCUGCACCGCCUGGGUCAGCCUGAGCCUGGCCACGUGACCGAGGCCUCCGAGCUGCUGCGAUACCUGCAGGAGGCCUUCCACAUGGAGUCUGGGGAGCACCAGCAGCGGCUGCAGCAGGUCCAAGCGCUCCAGAAGCCAGUAUUCUGCCUGAAGGCGACAGUGAAACAGGCCAAGGGCAUUCUGGGCAAGGAUGUCAGUGGGUUCAGUGACCCCUACUGCCUGCUGGGCAUCGAGCAGGGGGUGGGCGUGCUCGCGGGCAGCCCGGGGUCCCGGCGCCGGCAGAAGGCCGUGGUGAAGCACACCAUCCCAGAGGAGCAGACCCACCGCACGCAGGUCAUUGCCCAGACGCUGAACCCUGUCUGGGAGGAGACUUUCAUCCUGGAGUUCGAGGACAUCAGCAGCGCGAGCUUUCAUCUGGACAUGUGGGACCUGGACACCGUGGAGUCUGUCAGGCAGAAGCUCGGGGAGCUCACGGACCUGCACGGGCUCCGCAGGAUCUUCAAGGAGGCCCGGAAGGACAAGGGCCAGGACGACUUUCUGGGGAAUGUGGUUCUGAGGCUGCAGGACCUGCACUGCCGGGAGGAUCAGUGGUACCCGCUGGAGCCCCGCACCGAGACCUACCCGGACCGCGGCCAGUGCCACCUCCAGUUCCAGCUCAUUCACAAGCGGAGAGCCACCGAGGCCAGUCGCUCCCAGCCCAGCUACUGGGUGCACCUGCACCUCCUGCAGCAGCUCGUCUCUCACGAGGUCACCCAGCACCAGGCGGGCAGUACCUCCUGGGAUGGAUCUCUGAGUCCCCAGGCUGCCACCAUCCUCUUCCUCCACGCCACGCAGAAGGACCUGUCUGACUUCCACCAGUCCCUGGCGCAGUGGCUGGCCUACAGCCGUCUCUACCAGAACCUGGAGAUCCCCAGCAGCUGCCUCCUGCACCCCAUCACCAGCAUGGAGUACCAGUGGAUCCAGGGCCGGCUCAAGCAGGAGCAGCUGGAGGAGCUGGCCGCCUCGUUCAGCUCGCUGCUGGCCUACGGGCUGUCCCUCGUCCGGCGGUUCCGGUCUGUCUUCCCGCUCUCCGUCUCCGACUCCCCAGCGCGGCUGCAGUCCCUCUUCAGGGUGCUGGUCCAGAUGUGCAAAAUGAAGGCCUUUGGAGAACUGUGCCCCGACAGCCCCCCGCUGCUUCACCUGGUCACCGAGGCCCUGCGGGCUGGCACUGCCGAGUGGUUCCACCUGAAGCAGCAGCACCAUCAGCCCAUGGUGCAGGGCGUGGUGGAGGUGGGCAAGGCCUUGCUGAGCCUGGUGCAGGACAUCAUCGGCGACCUGCACCAGUGCCAGCGCACGUGGAACAAGAUCUUCCAGAAAGUCCUCAAGAUCGACCUUUUCUCCACGGCUUUCCUGGAGCUGCAGUGGCUGGUGGCCAAGCGCGUCCAGGACCAUGUGGCGGCCGUGCGCAGCCCCGUGUCUCCCGAGAUGGGCGAGAACCUGUUCCAGCUCUACGUCAGCCUCAAGGAGCUCCACCAGCUGGGCCAGGCCUCCGUGCGGAGGGACCGAGCGAUGGCCCUGGAUGGCUUCCACCGCUGGUUCCAGCUGGCCAUCCCCUCCUGGCUGCAGAAGACGUACAACGUGGCUCUGGAGCGGGUGCAGCGAGCGGUGCAGAUGGACGAGCUUGUGCCCCUGGGUGAGCUGACCAAGCACAGCACCUCGGCAGUGGAUCUGUCCACCUGCUUCGCCCAGAUCAGUCACACCGCCCGGCAGCUGGACUGGCCUGACCCUGAGGUGGACUUCAUGAUCACUGUCAAGUUCGUGGAGGACACCUGCCGGCUGGCCUUGGUGUACUGCAGCCUCAUAAAGGCCCGGGCCCGUGAGCUCUCUGCAGGCCAGAAGGACCAGGGCCAGGCAGCCAACAUGCUGUGCGUGGUGGUGAACGACAUGGAGCAGCUGCGCCUGGUGAUCGGCAAGCUGCCCGCCCAGCUGGCAUGGGACGUCCUGGAGCAGCGGGUGGGGGACGUGCUGGAGCAGGGGCAGCUGCAGAACACGCUGCACGCCCAGCUGCAGGGCGCACUGGCUGGACUGGGCCACGAGAUCCGCACAGGAGUCCGCACGCUGGCCGAACAGCUGGAGGUGGGCAUCGCCAAGCACAUCCAGAAACUCGUGGACGUCAAGAAGUCCGUCCUGCCCGAGGAUGCCAUCCUGCCGCUGAUGAAGUUCCUGGAGGUGGAGCUCUGCUACAUGAACACCAACUUGGUGCAGGAGAACUUCAGCAGCCUUCUGGCCCUGCUCUGGACCCACACGCUCGCGGUGCUGGUGGCCGAGGCCGCCUCCCAGCGGACCUGCCCCCUGGCCUCCAGCAGGCUGAAGACAGCGCUGCAGAACCUGGAGAUCUGCUUCUACGCAGAGGGUUGUGGGCUGCCGCCCGAGGCCCUGCACACGGCCACCUUCCAGGCUCUGCAGCGGGACCUGGAGCUGCAGGCGGCCUCCAGCCGGGAACUCAUCCGGAAGUACUUCUGCAGCCGUAUCCAGCAGCAGGCCGAAACCACCACUGAGCAGCUGGGGGCUGUGACCGUCAAGGCCUCCUACCGAGCCUCGGAGCAGAAGCUGCGUGUGGAGCUGCUCAGCGCCUCCAGCCUGCUGCCCCUGGACUCCAACGGCUCCAGUGACCCCUUCGUCCAGCUGACCUUGGAGCCCAGGUAUGAGUUCCCGGAGCUGGCCCCCCGGGAAACCCAGAAGCACAAGAAGGACCUUCACCCCCUGUUUGAUGAGACCUUCGAAUUCCUGGUGCCCGCCGAGCCGUGCCGCAAGGACGGGGCGUGCCUCCUGCUCACGGUGCUGGACCACGACACGCUGGGGGCCGACGACCUGGAGGGGGAGGCCUUCCUGCCGCUGUGCUCGGUGCCCGGCCUGACCGGGGCCGAGGAGCCGGGCGAGGUGCCUCAGACCCGCCUGCCCCUCACCUACCCCGCGCCCAACGGGGAUCCGAUUCUGCAGCUACUGGAGAGCAGGAAGGGGGAUCGAGAGGCCCAGCAGUUUGUGAGGCUGCGGCGGCAGCGGGCCAAGCAGGCCUCCCAGCAUAGCCCUCAGCCAGAGCAGUAGCACUGGAGGCUGGGCUGGGGUUGGGUCCCCGGUAGGACAGGCUUGCCUGAGGAGCCCGGGGCUCCUCAUACCCCAAAGGGUCCAGGGCGUCGUGGGAGCGCCAGACACAGGAGGCCAGAGAACAGCCCCCUCUGGUCCUCUGAUGAGAGCAGGGCCCACAGGGUGGGGGUGCCAUUGGUAAUAUUUAUACUCCCUCCUACCCUUCAGCCCUGGCCUGUCUUCUCAGUGGCAGAACUGGGGAGGGAGGCGGGCAGCCAUCCGGCCUGGCAUCUCCUGCCUCUGCUCCCCUCUUUGGGAUCAGCUUCCCUGAAGAGCAGGGUCUCAGCUACUGCCCCCCAGCGCGCCUCCUCCAGCCACUGUGGGGAGCCUGGCCCCCUGGGCCCUGUUUCAGCACCCCCACCCAGGCUCAUGGGGACAGAGGCUGCAGGCACAUAGGCUCCCAGGGGAGGCAGGGGGCCCUCCUGCCAAAGACUGGCCACAGCUGCCCUGGGAGGGUGGCCGACACAGUGAACGUAGCCCAGGUCCGCUCCUGAGGGGGCCUGCGGACACCCAGGCUAAGGCACCUCAGGCCACGGGCCUUCUUGUUCUGAAGGGGUGAGAGGCGUCAGGCAGUGGGGCUGGUACGAGAGGCGGGCGCAGAAAGGCCAGCCUGGCUGUGUCUGCUGUCACCUCCUCCCUGGGAGGUCACCUAGAACCUUUCUUACCAAAAAUAAAAAAACAAAAACCACCCAUUGUCCUCUUAGACCAUAUACCGUUGGCCUGUAGUGGGCCCAGGUUGCAUGAGGCCAUGCCAAGCCCCGGUCCAGCCUUCUGGACCGCCUGAGCUUCCACUCCAGAGAGGGCAGGUCGGGGUCAGGUGCCAAAGCAGGGGCUGGGACAGUUGG